AGUCCCCCAUAACACCUCAAACACCUGCUUAGGUGACAAAUAAGGGAGGACUCUCAACUGUUUCAAGCAACCCCCCCACCCCUCCCUGAUUUUAAUUGUUUUUAGUUAUCAAAUUACAUUAUUACAUAAUUACACAUAACAUACAUGUCUAAUAUGUACAUCUAAUAUGUUUUUUCCUCAUAUGUCACAGGUCAACAUGGAAAAAAAGUUCAGUUUUUUCCCUGGGAAGAUCAGCGUGGUUUUCCGUAAGGGACCUAGAGGGUAUCUCCGCCAGGAUCCAAGUGAUGCAGCUAAGUUGCUGAAGGACAACUCUUCUCUGCAGGACAAGUCUGCACCUCUGAAGGAGGACACAGUCAAACAAAAUGCCCUGACUGUGAUCCGCCAGAGAGGAGGGGACGUCUCAGACAGGACAGAGGUGCUGGGGGAAUACAUCCUGCAGUUUGGAAAGUACAAGGGGAAGUCAUUUCGGUGGCUUUUAGAAAAUGAUGUUGGCUACACAGUCUACCUCCUCAAACACAGAGAGAAAGAAGAGGCUGCAGGAGUGUGUACAACAGAGGGGCACAAGAAGGCCAGCUUGUUGUCUUUUGUGGAUUAUGCCCGCAGCUUUGAAGAAAUCAUAUCUCUCCUGCGUUUUCAAUCAGAAAAGCCCACAUCUCAAGCAGCUUCUGAGGACGAUCAGCUGGUUGGCUUUGGCACUCGUGCCAAGAGCACCUGGCAGGAGGUGUGGGAGAACAGGGCUGAUGGCUAUGCAGCCUUCAUCAUGAGGGCUAAGUGUUUUUCAGGGUCUCAGAUGCACAAACUACAGCAGUAUCUGAUGAAGAAAGAGUCAGCGUCUCUCCCCUCUCCACCAGUUCUUGCCUCAAGUGCACAUGAUGAACCCAUUAUGAUGGAAGAUGACGAGGAGCUGGAGAAAGCAAUGCAGAGCAUAUCGCCCGCCAAGGAACUACAGUCCUCUGCUACUCUGUCAUCAUCUUCUGUACCAGGACGAGCUACAAGAAUGAAAACAGGUUUUGUGAAAGUUCACGUGUCAUAUGGAGCCACAAUGAAUUGCUCUCCAAAAUGGAGCCAUGAAUUAAACUGUGUGUUUUCUGUGUUCUGGCCACGUUCUGGCCAAUACCUGUUCAUAUUGAGCCACAAUGAAUUGUUCUCCAAAAUGGAGCCAUGAAUUAAACUGUGUGUUUUCUGUGUUCUGGCCACGUUCUGGCCAUGUUCUAAUGUUUGCAUGCUAAUUUUCCUACUAACAAAUAGACUUCAUGAAUUGAAUUCCUCAACGGUGAGGGUAAGUACCCAUUUUUUUUCUUCAUGCUGUCACACCGCGGUGAGGUUUGUCCUGUCUUGGGGUUUUUGUCUCGUUACUUCCUGUUUUAUUUUGAAAUCUAACUCUCCUCUCGUUUCAGGUCACUUGCCCUUCCUCAUGUGUCACCGGUCUGAUUGUCUCACCUGAUCCCUGAUCAUUUCCACCUGUUACCCAUUUCCCUCAUGUGUAUUUAGUCUGUGUCUUCCCUUUGUCUUGUGCCAAAGUGUUUCGUCUUGUCCGUGCACCUAAGCCCUCAUAGUCACAGUCCGUUUGCCGAAAGAAAGAAAUUGUUUUUGCCACGUAAGUUGUUGUCUUCUUCCUCUUUUAAGAGCGAUUUUUUGUUGAUUAAUCUUUUCUAAGUUUAGUGUUCUAUUUUUGUUUUCUGUUGUUACAGUUUUUGUCCUCCCGCUUGUGGAGUGUUUUUUUUGUUAGAGAGCCUUAGAUAUUAGUAGAGCCCCUGUUUAGGUGAGCC